AUGGCCGAUGCGUUGAAAGCAUGGCUACGUACAAGACUAGGUGCGAUCAUGGAUCUCACGCCGGAUACAUUUGGUCGGUACACGAGAGACGGCACAUUACUGGCCCAGAUUCUGCACAGCUAUGAUAUAAUCAAUAGCGAUCAACUAAGCACCAUUCUUCCUACGCGAGAUCCUGCUUUGUGUAGAGUAAACCUGAGGACUCUACGAAUCUGGCUGAAGCUCAUCAAUGUCACGCUGAGCGAUGAAUGCAUUGAAGAGAUCUCUAAAGGUAAAGGUGCAGCGUCUCUCCAGCUGUUCUACAAGGUUUACUUGAGCCUCGAGGGCAAGGACCGAUUGCAUUUUAUCGCUCUUCAGAAAGAGCGAAAGUACAUGCCUAAUAGAUUCGAUGUCUCUACAGUGUCUGAAGACCUAGUCCCUUAUUUACCACGUGAACACCCUUUAUCGGCACCAUUGGUCGAGGCAGCCGAUACUGUCCUCUGGCACAGAAAUAAGUUUUGGGCGAUCACGGAAGCCUGUAGACGAGAACGAGAGCGAUUUGAGGACCUCAUGAAGUAUCCUGUGACACAGCCGAUUGAGCACUUUGUUCCGGAAAAGUUGCCGGAUAAGAAACAGAAAGAGAGCGAAAUGCUAGACGAAUUUACUCGUAAACAUCCGGUUUGUAAGACAAAGAAAAGAUACCAAGUCGAGUGUUGUCCCUCGAAAAGAACCUUGGAUGUAUCCUGUAUCGAGGAUCCCACAGCUGCUGCGGAAUAUGUUGACUUCCUGAAGAAACGCAGCAAGAAAACGGUUAAAUGUCACGAAUUGAAGCUGAAGACACAAACAACGAUGAUGGCAGAUGCUUGGGAACAAUUACUGAGGAAACAGGAUAGAUCCUUUGAUGAGGCUUUGGGAAGACGAGUAUUGGAUCAAUCGCGUUACGAAAAACAGAUGUUGAGGAAGCUGUGUGAGGUGCGAGAUUUAAGAAAUAGAAUUGUGGAGACUCGUAGGAUAGUUGAUACAAUGUUGCUAAAGGCUAAAGAGAACGAACUACGAUUGAAGCAAUAUCGUCAUGAAGAAACAAUAAAGGAAGAGAGAGAAGAAGUGGAAAUGGAGGUCUGUAGAAUGCGCGAACUGCAUCAGAGAAUUCACGAUGAAAAGGUGCGCAGAAUGAAAAAGAAACAUUACGAUAUUUGUUCAGAAAUUAUAAACAAUUUCGUGGAUAUCGCAGUAAAAAUUGCUGAUUAUCAUCAGGCAAAUGGUAAUCAUAUCCCAAAUUCUAUUUGGAACGAUUGGAGAAUGUUAUUUCUGAAAAGCCAACCAAUAUUCGGACAUAUGGAUUACUUUGAUGAUGUCGAAGCAGAAAAUAUAAAGGAAAAUGAAAAAGAGAUGAAAGUGGAUGAAAAUGAGGAGAACGAUGCAAAAGGGAAUACUUCACCCUGGGAUCAAUUUGUGCCGAAGAAAGAAAAGGAAGUUGAAGAAGUUUACAGAUUGGGUUGUGUUGUGCUUGGUUACAUCGUUCAUCGUUUAUUGGAGACCUUGUAUCCUUAUCCGGCCAAAAUAAUGGAUUGUCCAGUGCCUAGAGUCAAGGUCGCAGCCAUUAUUUUGGGUGUAGCAAAUGCAACCAUGCACAAACAGUUGCGAGAGUUGCUGAAGAAUACUGGAAUUCGUUUGCUGACGAUGGAAGAUGCGAUCAAUCAUUGUCUGGAGAGCUACAAGCGGGAAAUGGUCGAUGUGGAGUACAUCGAUCUCAACAUCAUCUCGACGACGGCAAAAGACAUCAAGAGAUCGGAAGCUAAGAGAAAGGAUGACUCAAGGGAGCGUCACCCAAAGAAGAUUGAACGAUCAGCGAAGUCGACAACGUUCCAACAAAACGUGGCUGAGGAGAAACAAACGCAAACGCCUAGACAGAUACCUUAUGAUGAUAUGCACCCGAUUUUAAGCGAUACCGCGUAUAUAGCGAGAAGAAAUCGGGAUCUAAUUGAGGAAAGACGGUACGCCGUUUUGUUCGAGAUCGAUCGUAUAUAUCAGAGAUUGGAUGUGCUGAAUGCAGCUGCUCGAUCAGACGUGACUUUUCUUUUGGAUACUUUGAAGCAGACCUUCCACCGCAUUCACGAUUAUAUCGUCGAGAGAUACAAACGUGAAAUCGAAAGUAUCGACGAAAUGGCGAAUGUUUUUUGCUUUGCUAUUGAGGAAAAGAGACCGAUUCAGCAAGAACUACUAUUAGACGGCGAUCAAUUUGUCGUAAAACCAAAUAUUGCCGGUGAACAUCGCGAACAAUUCAAUGUCCCGAUCAGAGAGGCAUCUUCACCUCUACGAUUCAGAAUGGUUCAACUUGGUCGGUUGAUAGACAUUUUCCAACGAAUCGCUCCGCAUGGAAUCGUGAGUGAACGCGUCUUAGUGUACGUCCUCCAGGACUUGGUAUCCUGCGGUGAAGAGGAUUGUUAUCCGCCCUUCGUGCCGUGCGCUUGGCGGCAGCUGCGACCUCCGGAUAUCGAAAUAUUGGUCGAACGAUUGUUCGGCACCACCGAAUACAUCGAAUGGCGAGAAUUUGUCCUGUAUGCGAUGGAUCUGCCUGUGCCAUCGCAUCAGGAUAUUCUGAAAGCACGAGCAGCCUUCAAGGUGCAUGAUCCUGAAUCGAAAGAGGUGGUCACAUGCGAACAAUUCCACUUGACACCCUUGUGGUUUCUCGAAAUUUCCACCCCUUACAAGAGUCUUUGGGAUGAAAAACUUGAUCACAGCAAUUCCGAUACAUUAAAGAAUAGAAUGUUACGCAAGGAAGCACAAUUAGGCGAGCAUUUUUCGAGUUUGGGAAAUGAUUUCAUAGAAAGGAGCGAGGAUGAUUCUGGUGUAAUAUUGAGACUGAUGCUGGCAAAGGAACUUCUCUAUCGCAUGUAUCUGAUAAAUAGAGAUUCGGUUCAUUAUACCGCCAUGCUGCUAGCCUUCUGUAAGGACGAGAAUCCUAUCCAAGGUCUGGGAAAAGCGUUCUCCCUUGCCAUGGGUGCUAGAGUUUGUACUGAUACAAUAGAAGGUGAGAAAUACGUCGAAGAGCUUGUCGAGCAGAAGCGCCGUGUUAAGGAGUUGGAAUUUAGCCGGGAUCAUCUUCGAGAGGAGGCUAACGAGAUAGUACGAGAAAUUAUGAAUUACAUAAUAAACAAAACGGUAGAGAAUGUCGCUUUGUACGAGAAAUUCCACGAUCAUGACUUAAGUCCAAAACGCCGGAUAAUGAUCCAGCAGUUGAAUGGAACGGGCGAGAUAGAUCCGGCUGAGCUUUUGCCACCGGAAGUGAUAGCAGAACACCUAGUUGUAGAAGAUCCAUCGGCGAUCAGUGACGAAUACGAACGCAAGCAUACUCUCGUGUCAAUCGGAGAUGAAACGCUCGAAGAUCAUGAGAGGAUACAGCAGGAUGAAAGAGUGAUCUUUUGGCUAUCGCGGGAUGUUUGUCUGACGGUUUUGUCCACUUGUCUACCGUGGCUUUCGUCGCAAGCAGAUCUCUUCCAAACCACUGUGAGUCUUCGCGAAGAAAUAGCACGUGUAUAUGACGAGUUACGAGACGAGGAGUUGAAUGAUGAAAAAGACCUUGUUUUAGCUCAUCGUCUGGUGAACCACAGCUUCAUGUGCGAAUUACUCCGCGCUUCUUCCAAGUUUAUCUCCAAAAAUAUGGCAGAUCUGCUCCGCAGUAUCUUGAAGGACAAGGAUAAUCAAAUGACGUAA